AUGUCAGCCUCGAUCAUCGCACCGGGCGAGAUCCCGAACGCAACACCAGAGCAGCUUUCGCCCAUCCUACUACGCCUCCUCGAGUGCCCUCAAGAGCUGUUGCCAGAUCUUGCGUCGCAAUCCGCCGCGGCCAUCGCUGACUUACCGGAAGACUCACGGCCGGAGUCGUACGAAGGAUUGAUCGACGUGGCACGCUUCUGCGUAGAGGACGAGCCAGGAUGGGAGGUAGAACGACGCGCCAAAUUCAUUGGCGGACAUCCCAGGAUCGGUGCUCCUCUCAAUGCGCCAACCUCAGAGCUCAGCGAGGAGAGCCGCAAAGAACAAAUGAAGGGUGGUCAGGUCGAUCCUGCCACGCUUGAAAGACUGGCAAGACUCAAUGCGAUCUACGAAGCAAAAUACCCAGGCCUGCGCUUCGUGACCUAUGUCGCUGGCCGAUCGAGAGCUGCAGUGGCCGAUGAGAUCGAAUCACUGCUUGGUGAUAAGGUGGCUGCACUCAAGGACGCCAAAGAUCUUGCCAAGAGCGAGGUUCGAGCACACGACACUGACGAAUGGCAAUCGGAGCUGGACCGAGCCUCCGAUGCGCUGUGGGAGAUCGCAGUCGACCGUGCCGGCAAGCUUACAGCUGAAGCUGCAAGCAAGAGCGACGAUGGUAAUACCAAGGCAUUAGCACAGGCUGCGGCUACUCAAGACGCAGACAAGACCAUCGGGCAAGAUGUUCCGUUCUUAUCGCUCGCCUCUUUCCGCAUGCUGGUCCUCUCGUCUCCUGUCCUCGAAUCCUUCUUCAAGUCUGACCUCACCGAAUCAUUCUAUCUCGAGCCUGUGGAACGGUCGCAGAGCGGAGGCGCAUACGCAUGGCACACGGCGCCCAGCUUACCCGGAGCACCCAGGGCGCUCCCAGGAGCCAGCAAGGAAAGCGGUUCGGCCACCAGCGAAGCCACCUACAGUCGCGACGUCACCACUGGAGCACGAGGCAAAGUCGUCGGCUUUCUCGGCAACUUGCUCGGAGAAGAAGGCAAGGCGAAGAUGAACCAGCUCGCGGACCAAGUGGGGCAAAGGCUACAGACACAUACAGUCACCGGGCCGAAGCCUUCGUUUGGUCGCAACUCUACACUUGACGGUGGCAGAAUGGACACACAAGAGCUGAGAGAGAAGGAAGCAGAGUCGAGGAGGAAAGCCGCAGAGGAGAGGAAAACGUCGCUCGGAAACCGUCUGUUCGGCGCGUUGCGGGCACCUGCAAAGACGCCGUCGUCACAGGAUCUCAAAGCUGACGCCUCGGCAUCACCGGCGACUGGGUCAGCGUCAGACCGAGGACGAACAAUGGAGAAGCAGUCUUCGGCGGCAUCGGCGAAAGCGGACAAGAGGAUCAGCCUACGUGGCAGUGACUUGUCGACAGCAGGGCCCGCCGCAGCAGCUGAAGCUUUGCGUGCGGCUCAGCAAGCACUCCUGCAAGAGCGACCGGCAUUUGUGAUUGACGAGGUGGGCGACGACGAGGCAGAGGGCGAGGAUGGCAUUGAAGGCGCCGCUGACGUCGAGGAGCUGGGCGACGUCGUAGAGGAGGCUCAGGGUGGUAAUGAGGCUGAAGGGUUGUUGAGCGGACGAGAAGCUCAACGGGCGAAGGAGCUUCGGUCGGCGCCUGCUCAAUAA